AUGGAAGGUGAAACUUCAAGUAAGAAGAAGGACAAGAAUGAUGAUUAUGGCUUCAUGGGUUUUAUAUUUUCUUGGUCAAUUCAGGAAAUUACAAAUGAGGAUCUAUACAAGGACAAGGUAGAAAAGAUUGAACAGUCAUUCCAGUCCAUUGAUCAUUAUCUUGGAUCUUAUGUGUACCCUUUACUAGAAGAAACUCGAGCACAACUAUGCUCAAGUAUGGAGAUCAUAAACCAAGCACCUUAUGCAGAAGUGAUUGGUUUAGAGGAGGCAAGACCACUGGAAAAUAAACUUUAUAACUUGAAAAUUGAUAACUGGAAAAACAGGUUUGCUCAUCAUGGAGAACCAUACAAGACCUUGCCUGGUGAUGUUUUGGUUUUGGCCGAUUAUAAACCAGAAACUGUAAAAGACAUGGAAAGAUUUGGAAGAACUUGUUGUUUUGUAUCAGUUGUAUGGACAAAAGAUGAGUUUGAGGGUGGUAGCAUGUCUGUUUAUUUAAAAGUUAAGGCAUCAAGAAAUAUUGAUCCGAAAGAAUUAAGACAUACAUCUCUAUUUCUUGUUUUCUUGACAAAUGUAAGCCCAAACAGAAGAAUUUGGAAUGCCCUUCACAUGCCUGGUAAUUUGAAGCUUGUCAAGCAGAUUUUAUGCACCAGUAAUGAGGUUGAGGAAUGUUCUUGUUGUGGUUUAGUGGUUGAUGCAUUAAGGGAUGACUGUUCAUAUCAAAGAUUAUCAUCAGAACUCAAUGAAUCUCAAAAUAAGGCAAUUAGUGCUUGUUUUUCUGGCCUCAAUUGCAAUCACAACUCUGCUGUGAAAAUCAUAUGGGGUCCCCCAGGAACGGGAAAGACUAGAACUUUGGGAACAUUACUUUUUGCCUUAUUGAAAAUGAAAUAUAGGGUCCUUAUAUGUGCCCCCACAAAUGUUGCCAUCAAAGAAGUGGCUUCACGUGUAUUAACAAUAUUGAAAGAAUCGCACAGUAAGGAAUCUGGUGACUUUUUCUGUUCAAUGGGAGAAUUGCUAUUGUUUGGAAACAAUGAGAGGCUGAAAGUUGGUGAGGAUAUUGAAGAUAUAUAUUUGGAUCAUCGUGUGCAACAGCUUAAAAAGUGUUUUUCACCCUCUACUGGUUGGACUUCUUGUUUUAAAUCAAUGAUUGAUCUUCUUGAAAAUCGUGAUUCUGAUUAUCAUAAAUCCAUUGAGGAUGAGUUGAGAAAGGAGAGUAAGGCCAAAUCAUAUCUACAGUUUACAGAAAGGUUUCAUUAUGCAGCAUUGCGACUAAAAUCAUGCAUUACUAUCUUGUGUAAGCAUGUAGCCAUGUGUCACUUGCUGGAACAUAACUAUUGGAAUUUAGUGAGCUUAAGUGAGGCACUUGAGUCAUUUCAAGACUUGUUGUUUCAAGAGAUUUUGCCUGAAUACCAGUUUUACAAGAAGAAAACUGAAUGCCUAACUGCUUUAAGAACUGUUAAAGAUUCACUUGAGGGACUUAUGUUGACAAAACCUUUAAGAACUGUUAAAGAUUCAAUCAGAGAGUUUUGUUUCCAAAAUUCAUCAUUGAUUUUUUCCACAACAUCUGGUUCUUAUAAGCUGCACUCUUUAACCAUGAAGCCGCUGAACAUUUUGGUGAUAGAUGAAGCUUCACAGUUAAAAGAGUGUGAAUCAUUAAUACCUCUGCUACUUCCAGGAAUAAGCCAUGCCAUUCUUGUUGGUGAUGAAUGUCAACUACCAUCCAUGGUUAGAAGCAAUGUUUCUUUUGAAGCUGGUUUUGCGAGAAGCUUAUUUCAGAGAUUGAGUUCGUUAGGUUACCCAAAGCAUUUUCUCAACACGCAACAUAGGAUGCACCCACAAAUAAGUGCAUUUCCAAAUUCAUAUUUCUAUUUUAAUAAAAUUCAGGAUGCAGAAAAUGUUAAAAGAAGUUACUAUGGGAAGCAAUAUCUUCCAGGGCCAAUGUUUGGUCCCUAUUCUUUUAUAAAUAUAAUUGGAGGAAAAGAACAGCUUGAUGAUGCUGGAAGAAGCUUUAAAAAUAUGGCUGAGGUUGCAGUUGUGAUGACAAUACUAAAGAAUUUGCACGAAGCAUGGUUGAGCUCCAAUGAAAAACUCAGCAUUGGCAUUGUGUCUCCUUAUGCUGGUCAAGUCGUUGCAAUUCAACAGAAACUUGGACAGAUAUAUGAAAGCAAUGAUAGUUUUACUGUGAAUGUGAAAUCCAUUGAUGGUUUUCAGGGUGGUGAGCAAGAUGUUGUCAUAUUAUCCACUGUAAGAACCAAUAACAGAACAUCUCUAAACUUCAUUUCCUCUCUUCAGAGAACUAAUGUUGCUCUUACAAGGGCUAGGCAUUGCUUAUGGAUUUUGGGGAAUGAAAGAACAUUAACACAGACUGAAAAUGUUUGGAAGGCUGUGGUGCUUAAUGCUAAGAAUCGUAAUUGUUUCUUUAAUGCCAAUGAAGUCAAAGAAAUGGCUAAAGCUAUAUUGGAUGCUAGGAAAGAGUCAGACCAAUUUGAUGAUUUGCUUGAUACAAAUAGUGUCCUUUUUAAAAAUGCAUUGUGGAAGGUUCAUUUUACUGAUAAGUUUCUUAGAUCAUUCAAAAGGUUACGAUCAGAGUCGAGCAAGAAGAUGGUCAUAAGACUUCUAGAAAGACUUUCUAGUGGGUGGAGACCUAAAAAGUUCACUGUGGAAUUGUCUUGUGAAAAUUCAUCACAGAUUUUGAACCAAUUCAAGGUUGAAGGCCUCUCUGUUAUUUGUUCAAUAGACAUAGUCAAAGCUUCAAAAUAUGUUCAGGUUUUGAAGAUAUGGGACAUAUUACAUUUAGAGGAUAUCCCACAAUUGGCUAAGCGCCUUGACAAUGUAUUCAAAGGAUACACUGAUGAAUAUAUCAGUAGAUGCAAAGAGAAAGGCUCUGAUGAUGGGUACCGAGUGUUUUUAAAACCUUUGAGCUGGCCACUUUCUGCCAAUAUCCAAAAAUUUAAGGGUGUUGAUAAUAACGAAAAUGAGAAUGGUUUAAAUGCUAAAGAAGAGACUGAAAACUUAAAGUUUGAGGAGAGUAUUUUGUUGAUGAAGUAUUGCUCCAUCUCAAGAGAUUACAUGCUUUAUGGCCAUGAUAGUUUAGAAGUGGAUCUGCCAUUUGAGGUAAAUGAUGAACAAAGAAACAUAAUUGUUUUCCCUCGAAGUACAUUUUUACUCGGUCGCAGUGGUACUGGCAAAACCACAGUUCUGAUAACUAAGCUGAUUCGAAAUGAGAAAUUGCACCAUAUGGCAGUUGAAGAAGUCUAUGGAUCCAAUAAUUAUGCAAAUGUGGAAGAGUCCGAGGAUAUUCUAGCUGAGAAACCAGUCUUAAGACAAUUAUUUGUGACAUUGAGUCCUGGACUAUGUCAAAAGGUCCAACAUCAUGUUUCUCUCUUGAGAAGGUCCCUAGGUAAAGGAGGCACCAUCCUGGACAGCAAUUUAGAUCAAGAUAUUGAUGAUACUAAUACAUCAAAACAAUUUAAGAAUAUCCCAAAUUCAUUUAAUAAUCUUCCAUUUAAUUUAUAUCCACUUGUGGUAACAUUUCGCAAAUUUUUGCUGAUGCUUGAUGGGACAUUGGAAAAUUCUUAUUUUGAGAGACGUUUUUAUCUUAAGGGUAAACGGUUAGUUGAAUUGGAAACAUUCAUAAUGAAGAAAGAAGUGGAUUUUGAAAGGUUUGAUUCAUUAUAUUGGCCACAUUUUAAUUCCCAAUUAACCAAGAAGUUGGAUUCUUACCAAGUGUUCACAGAAAUAAUGUCACAUAUAAAAGGUGGUACAAAAGCUGCUGAGUAUGGUAGGCUAAGCUGUGACGACUAUUGUACUUCAUCUGAAAGCCGCACUUCAACUUUGAGCAUGAAGACAAGAGAAAUGAUAUAUGAUAUCUUUCAAAAUUAUGAAAGAAUGAAGAUGGAUAAUGGUGAAUUUGAUUUGGCUGAUGUUGUAGUUGAUCUCCACAGUAGACUGAGGAGUAAAAGAUACAAAGGUGAUGAAAUGAACUUUGUGUAUGUGGAUGAAGUACAAGAUCUCACAAUGGCUCAAAUUGCUUUGUUUAAACAUAUCUGCAGAAAUGUGGAAGAGGGUUUUGUUUUUUGUGGGGAUACAGCACAGACUAUUGGAAGGGGAAUUGAUUUUAGAUUCCAAGAUGUAAGGUCUCUGUUUUACAAAAAGUUUGUGCUGGAAUCUACGAGUUGGAACCAUGAAAAAAGAAAGGGAAAAGGACAAAUUUCUGAUAUUUUUGUUUUGAGUCACAACUUUUGCACUAAUGCUAAGGUGCUGAAAUUGUCCCAAAGUAUCAUUGAGCUUUUGUUUCACUUUUUCCCUCAUUCUAUUGACAUGUUGAAAGUGGAAACAAGUUUGUUAUAUGGGGAAGUCCCAAUUGUGAUGGAAUCUAGAAAUAGAGGUGCUUCAAUUCUAACAACUUUUGGAGAAAGUAGAAGCAAGGGUAAGAAUAAUGGGAUAUAUGGGGCAGAAAAAGUAAUUUUGGUAAGAGAUAAUUCUGCUAGAGAGAAAAUCAUGCAAAUUGUUGGAAACCAAGCGUUUGUUUUAACCAUUUUAGAGUGCAAGGGCCAUGAAUUUCAGGAUGUAUUGCUGUACAACUUUUUUGCUUCUUCACCUUUGAAAAGGAGAUGGGGGGUUGUAUACGAGUACAUGAAGGAAAAGCAUAUGUUGGACUCAAGAACUCACGUUAAAUUAAUGCCAAAUUUUAAUGAUUCCAAACAUAAUGUCUUGUGCUCUGAGUUGAAACAGCUAUAUGUGGCCUUAACUCGUACAAGGAGGAAAUUGUGGAUCUAUGAGGAUGCAGAAGAGUUUUCAAGACCUGUGUUUGACUAUUGGAAAAAGAUGAAUCUUGUCCAAUUUCAAUAA